AGGUCCAGCGCGGAAAUUCAAAUUUGAAGAGAGGUUGUUUUUCUUUUCCGUUUCCAGAAGCGAAACGACCGAGAAGGAGAAGACACGUUGACACUUCGUCGUGUUCUCUUUGUACACAUUUCGGUGUACUAGCUGUUACAGAUACAGUACACUUUUUAAUAUCUGUACACAGAAUGGAUCCUUUUACGGAGAAACUACUGGAGCGGACUCGGGCUCGCAGAGAGAACCUCCAGAAAAAAAUGGCAGAAAGACCAAAUGCAGCGAAAAGAGCCCGAGAGCCUCUGGUUGACACCAACAGUGGGAUGGGUGACCCAUCCCCAGUCCUUGCGAAAGCUCCACAGACGUCCACCAAACCUUCUCCAUCCAAGCGCAGGUGUUCAUCGGAAAAUGUUCAGCCCGUCGAGGGAGACAGGAAUCCGCCUGUGGCUUCUCUGAUCCAAGAUCCCCCAUCAGACAAGAAACCGCCGCUCUGCCCCACAAGCGUUCGAAACACGUCCUCUACUGGAAGGAGCGAUGGCCGCCCAGUUGAGGCAAAAACUGUUGAGUCAGAGAAGAUGGCUGUGAGCGCUCCGCCCAAGACGCAGGCUAGCACUGUUGUCGCUAAGGUUCCUGAAACACCAAAAAGCCAGGAGGACCCGGAGGAAGAUUCCGCUCAUCCUGCUACUGGAAUGAGGUCUCGUCUGCGGAAGCUCGCUGAACAGAGAAAAUUCUGGGAUGGCGAUCAUGACGUGUCAGAUGCAGACUCGACACCUCUGCCCCCGCUGAGACAAAAUGAUGACGUCCCGACAUCCUCCCCUUGUCCCACCGCGUCCUCAGAAACUCCAGUAGGAAGGAGAGGCAGACUGGCUAACCUUGCUGCCACCAUCGGGUCCUGGGAAGAUGACCUAAGCCAUGCCGUCGUUCCCAAAGAGAAAGGACCAGGAAAGGCCGCUUCCCAGAUAGGCUUGAGGGAUUUAAGUACGGCCGCGGGCGCUCAACAAAAGUCGGCAGUGUCCUCUUCACUCGUCUCAAAUCAGCUUCCACGGCCCUUAGCCAAACCAGGCCCGGUGGUUCCUCCAAGCCCCCAGAAGGCUGACAUCCCCGCAUUUCAGCCCGUGACGAGCCCCCGGAAGACAACACCUGCGCCACCAGGAUCCCCGUCUUCCAUAUCAGCGUCUUGGAAAAAUAAAGACCAUUCCGCUGCUCCCAGUUUAGCCUGCAGCCCCCAGAAAGCCCAACUCAGUGCUAAAGCUUCGACCCCCAACGCUGGCGUCCCGCAAGGAAAAUCCAGCGCUCCUGGUGUCAAGUCUUUCCUGGAACGAUUUGGAGAGAGAUGCCAGGAGCGUACCAACCACUCCUCCUCCUCAUCAGGUGCUGGCUCGCGGACGACGACGACGACGACACCCAACGCCAAACUUGCGCCCAGGACCCUGCAAACAGCCCAAACCACCACAGCCGAUCUCAUCCAGAAACAAAAACUGGAGCGGGAGUCCGAACUGGCUCAGAUUCAGAGUCGAUUCCGGGGGAAUAAUAUGUGGAAAAACCGACAGGAAGGGGAAACCAAGAAAACCGGAGACGGGAAGGGCAAAGCCGUGGACAGCAAAGAUCAUCCUGAAUCCGAUUUCAUUGAGACACCAGCCACGCCUGAAAGGAGCAUCCCUACAGCAGGUUAUGAGUUGCUCCAUCCUCCCCCGUCCUCCACAUCCAGUCCACUGAGAGAGCUUCCCCGUACGGACAAGGAAGCAGCGGAUGAAAGCACAAAAGAGGAAGAAGCGGAUGAGGUCAAGGAGAUCGAGAUGAACGUGGACCAGUCCAUCAACUCGGCGGUCAUCAAUGAUCUGUUCGAGGGAGUCCUUGAGCAGAGCGACGAGGAGGAUGAGGAAGAAGAUGCCUUGAAUAUCUCUUCCAUGUCCCUUCUCACGCCGCUGGCAGAGACCGUGGCUGCCGUGGUGAAGAGUCCAGAGAGGAGGAUGAUGACAUCAACUCCGGCCAAUUCGUUCUUGGUGAAGAACAACACCCCCGACCAGGCUUGCCAAACGGGUCAAUUCCAGAGAGCCAACAUAAGAAAGAGCGGCUCGUCUGACGGAAUAGACGCCUCCGAGGACGAUCAAAAACUACCCUACAGCGUUGAUGCGUAUAGAUCCAUUCGAGUGAAAGAGACUGGCAGAGCCAACAUGAAAGACGCGAUGGCGAGAAAAGAGGACGUUCCCGGCAGAGCCGAGGAAGCGCGAGGUUCCGGCCUGUUUAGCAUCAAACAGAAAAUGAAGAUUCUCGCUAACGAGGUGAACCUGCAGCAGACCAUCAUCCACCAGGCCAGCCAGGCCCUCAACUGCUGCACGGAUGAAGAACACGGGAAGGGAUCCCAGGUGGAGGCGGAGGCGGAGCGACUCUUGCUAGUAGCAACCGAGAAGAGGGAGGUGCUCAAGACAGAGUUGCAGCGUCUGAAGGGUGAGGGCCCAGGAGGCCAGAAGAAAUCCCCCGCCCUGCCCCAGCCUGCUAGCAUCUCAGCCUCCAAAGGUUCCAUCAGCCUGCGGGAGUUCCGCUUGCCUCUCAAGGCAGACUUUGUUUGCUCUACCGCCAAUAAGCCAGAAUCUGUCAAGUAUUCCUUCUUCAUCAUGAUCCGGUCCGGAGCGGAAAACAUGGUGGCCACGCCCCUCGCAAGUACACACCGCGGCCUCAGCGGAGACACCCUCACUUUCCCCACAACGUUCAGCAUAGCUGACGUCUGCAGUGAUUUUUCCAUCGAUAUCGACGUCUUUUACCUGGUUCAAAAACGUGAGCUGGGUGGGGACAAGAAGAAGAAAGCCAGCAAGUCAAAGGCAAUCACCCCAAAGAGAUUUCUGGCUAUCACAAAAGGCAGCCAAACACCAGUUGUUGCCAGUCCUGGGGGCCCCAACGCUGUUCGGACCAGCAACUUUGUCCUGGUCGGAUCUCACAAGCUGACUCUUUCCUCCUUGGGGAAAAACAAAUUUGCUUUAGAGAAGGUGCCGUUCCUAUGUCCUCUGGAGGGUCACGUCUACCUGAAGAUGCAGUGUGAAGUUGGCUGCAGGGUGGAGGGAAAGGGCUUCCUGACAAUGUUUGAAGACGUUAGCGGAUUCGGGGCGUGGCACAGGAGAUGGUGCGUCUUAUCAGGGUACUGCAUCUCCUACUGGACGUACCCAGAUGAUGAGAAACGAAAGAAUCCCAUUGGUCGCAUCAACCUGGCCAACUGCACCAGUAGAGCGGUGGAACCGGCCAACCGCGAGUUCUGCGCCAGACCGAACACGUUUGAGCUCAUCACGGCCCGACCGCAACGCGAAGACGACAAAGAGACUCUCGUCAGCCAAUGCAAGAACACCAUGUGUGUCACCACAAACUGGCUGAGCGCCGACACCAAAGACGAGAGGAAUUUGUGGAUGAAGAAGCUCAACCAAAUUUUAACCGACGUGCGCAUGUGGCAGCCAGAUGCUUGUUACGCAAGUAAAACGCCCUACAGCUUUUGCUAGCAUUGCUAGCAUAUGCAAGGCAUAUACAUCCCCAGUGCGUUAUUGUUCCUUAGCCAUCUUAUACACUGCUACUGUACACUAUUUAUAUAUACGACUGCUGUUUACUAUACACAUAUACUAUAUAUAUAUACUGCUUUCACUUGCCAGGUAUUUUAUGUGACUAGUAACUGUAACAUAAUACGAGAAAAUAAGACGAUGUGUUGCUAUAAAUGUGAUCCCGACAGGAAAUGAGCGGCGGGUGAACCAGGAAGUGAAGUUAUGGGGAUUCGGAAUUAUGAGUUUUUAACUUGUUUAACGUGUUUUUAUUUGAGAUUUUUUUUCAUGAGGGAUUAUUGUGCCUGCAAUAAAAGCCUGUUCCU